UACAGUCAGCGGCGGGCAGUCACACCGGAACGAGCACGUCUGGUAAAACAGCCGAACGGAACAACAAAAAACAAUUGUAAAAAUGACCCGUCGAGGCUCGUUUUAAGCGAAUUUCUAGCGCAGUCAGGACGCAGGAGCAGCCGAGCAGGCCGGGAUUAGGACCGGAGGAGCAGGAUCAUCGGGAGAGUAGAGCCGAAACCCACACUCACACACAAACGCAGCCGUAUACCGCAGUAUUUUCAUACACACACACACACUUGAGAGUCUUGCGGGGAGCCACAAAGGAAGCCAGCUGAAACAUGGAGCGACAUUUGCACUGAAAUUUAUGCAUUCGGGUUUUCUCCACCAUCACUUGAUUAUUCCGCGGGCUGGACAUGACGGACAAGGAGAGCGAGCAGUGCACCGUCUCGGUCUUUGACCAGACACCCGGCUCGGAGCAAAAGAAGAUCAACGUAGUGGUCCGCUCCCACUUCACGGUGAAACGCGUGAUUGACCUUAUUGGCACGCAGUUCUCGUACGAAAAGUUCGAGCUGUUGCUGCAGCCACACGAUAACAAGGAUCUGGUCAAUCUGAAUGCCCUGGAAUCUCAGCUGAUGUACGAAGUGGCUGGUUUUGAGCCCCAGCUGAAGAAUCACUUGAUCCUGCUGCCCUCCGGCAGUUGGGAUGGUGACGUGACCAAACGCUUUGAGUUACCCAUUAAAAGAGUGGUAGUCAAAAAGGUUAUGAAGUCGGACGGCGAGAAGGCCAAGAGUCCUGCCACCGGCGAGAAGAAGAAACGCGUAGUUGGUGAGAAAACGAAAAAGAAGCCAGCUUCGGGAUCUUCCUCUCCAAGCAAGGCCAAGACGACGAGUGAGGACUCUUUGGCUAAGACCAGCAUCAGUUCGGAAUCAAGUCCCGAAAAGACUUCCAAGAUCAAGACGACUGCAGCAAAGAUCUCCAAGCCCGGUUCGGAAAAAGCUCCCAGGGCUAGCCCUGAAGAAUGUCCCGAGCUGUCUACAGAGAUAAACUCUAAAAACACUUCUUCGGAGAGUCCUGUGGCCAAGAAAACGGCCAAGGUCACUUCUAAGCCGACUUUAGAGUUGCUGAGUCCAAUCAAGCCGUCAUCACCCAUCAAAGAGUUGGACUGCGAACCAGUAGACACCCUGAGCAAGCAACAGCUCUCUGAGCAACUGCAGCUGUAUCCACAAGAUGCUGAACAAUUGUCGGAUGACGACCUGGCACUCGGAGCAUCUGCUAGUCCGACAAUGCUGGGACCUGGAUACGAUUACGGAGCUCCGACCGGUGACUCGGACGUCGAGGGUGUGACCGGAGUGACAGACCCAUCCACAAUUGGAACAGACGAUGGUACGUACCCGGCUCUGUCAAACUUCUAUCGUCGCAAGUAUGGAGGCGAUGAGUUGCGAGCAUGGCAGAGAGUCAACACAACGGGUGCGGACUUCGUGUCCUCGGCCACCACAGAAACUGAGGCAGAGGCAAGGCAGGCGAGCUUGGGUCCCAGGGGAUAUGUUGGUUUGGUCAACCAAGCCAUGACCUGCUAUCUAAACAGCUUGCUGCAGGCACUCUUUAUGACACCCGAGUUCAGAAAUGCUCUGUACCGCUGGGAGUUCGACAAUGACAACGAGGCCAAGAACAUACCAUACCAACUGCAAAAGCUCUUCCUCAACUUGCAGACCUCGCCCAAAGCGGCGGUAGAAACCACAGACCUGACUCGCAGCUUUGGGUGGGACUCGACGGAGGCAUGGCAGCAGCACGAUAUCCAGGAACUGUGCCGAGUUAUGUUCGACGCUCUGGAGCACAAAUUCAAGAACACUAAGCAGGCAAAUCUCAUCUCUAAUCUGUACGAGGGCAAGAUGAAUGAUUAUGUCAAGUGUUUGGAGUGCAAUACCGAGAAGACGCGCGAGGACACCUUUCUAGAUAUCCCGCUCCCUGUGAGGCCCUUUGGAAGCAGCUCCGCAUACGGCAGCAUCGAGGAAGCUCUGCGUGCCUUCGUUCAGCCCGAAACACUCGAUGGCAAUAACCAGUAUCUGUGCGAGAAGUGCAAGAAAAAAUGCGACGCCCACAAGGGACUGCACUUUAAGUCCUUUCCCUACAUCCUCACGCUGCACCUUAAACGCUUUGACUUUGACUACCAGACCAUGCACCGCAUCAAAUUAAACGACAGAGUGACCUUCCCUCAGACGCUCAACCUGAACACGUUCAUUAACCGAAGUGGAAACAGCGGUGAGCAAAACUCUCAGCUCAACGGCACCGUGGACGAUUGCAGCACGGCGGAUAGUGGAUCCGCCAUGGAGGACGAUAAUUUGAGCAGCGGCGUGGUGACCACAGCGAGCUCUAGUCAGCACGAAAACGAUCUGAACGACGAGGAUGAAGGCAUCGACAUGAGCAGCAGCACCAGCAAGAGCGCCAAGCAAGGAUCCGGUCCGUAUCUCUACGAACUGUUCGCCAUCAUGAUUCAUUCAGGCAGCGCUUCGGGCGGACACUACUAUGCUUAUAUUAAGGACUUCGACAACAACGAGUGGUUCUGUUUUAACGAUCAGAACGUGACUAGUAUCACCCAAGAGGACAUCCAACGUUCGUUUGGCGGACCCAACGGGAGCUACUACUCCAGUGCCUACACCUCCAGCACCAAUGCAUACAUGUUGAUGUACCGGCAGGUGGAUGCCAAAAGAAACGAGCUAGUCGCCAAGGUGGCCGACUUUCCUGAGCACAUCAAAACGCUGCUACCAAAGCUGCACUCGGAGGAGGAGACGCGCGUGUCCCGCCUGGGCAGGCAUAUCACGGUUACGGACUUGGCUCUUCCGGAUUUGUACAAGCCGCGCGUCUACUUCUAUAAUCCCUCCCUGAAGAAGAUGAAGAUUACCAGAGUGUACGUAUCGCAGAGUUUCAACAUCAACUUGGUCCUCAUGUCGGCCUAUGAGAUGUUGAAUGUGGAACAAUUCGCGCCGCUUUCCCGCUGUCGUUUGGUGGCUUACAACUCCUCGAUGGACACGAUUAUUCAGUCCCUGGAGAGUUGCACAGACCCAGCUUUGACCGAACUGCGCGCGGCGCAGAACUACAGUCUCGACUUCCUGCUGGAGUACCGGGCCGAGGACCAAGAGUUUGAGGUCUAUCCGCCGAACGGCAUUACUUGGUAUGUGUUUAAGGUAGAUCUAUCGACCAUGGCGAUGGACGGUCCCUUCCUGGUUUACUCAGCAGCGCGGGAGCGGGAAGCCAGCGACGUCCUUCGCCGCUCGAUCGCCCUCCGUUUGCACAUUAGCGAGCAGCAGUUCCUACUCGCCACGGUGCGCGCCACGGUGCCGAAGGCUUUCGUGUCCUACGAUCCGCAUCCGACGCCGGAGGCCCUGCAACAUCUCCAGAACAUGGCCAACACCCAGUUUAAGUCCAUAACAUACUUCUACUUGAACGUACCCAACACGGAUGCCGCGACCCUUGAGAUGCUCGGUGUGCCCACCGUUGAGUCAGUCGAGUGCGCCAGCGGGGGUGAUGUUGUGGAUGCUGCAAUGAUGAAUGGCGUGGCACCUGGUCACAUGUCAUCCAGCAACGACUACGAUUGGAGGCGCUACAAGCGAGAUCUAGUGGAACCCAUGUCACAACCCAGUCCCAGCCACGGCCACGAGUCCAACUCGGAGGACAGUAGUCUGAGCGACGGAGACCGAACUCUGGUGGAGACGGACAACAUGGCACAUCGCGGUGGAGGCGACAGCCAAGUCAGUUCCACCAGUCACUCGCCGCAGCUGUCUAGUCCGGAGGACGAAGCAGCCUCACACGAUGCCAUGAUGCGCGUUCAUGCCUACUGCAAUGGAAACGGCAGUUAUGCGGCGGCCGAUGUGGUGGAUCCGCUGCUCCUGCCCACCAGCACCAACCACUUCUUCUACGCCACAAAGGUCGAGUGCGUGGAUGUGGUUGGCACCGGUUCCAGUUCUGGUCACCAGUCCGACGAAGAGGCUCAGCUGCGUAAGCCCACGCGUGCCUAUAAGCUGCUGGUGGGCACACACAUGCGAAUGGGGGCCUUUAAGAAACACAUCGAGCAGCUGAUCCAAGUGCCCGCCGCCCACUUUAAACUGCAGCGGAAACACGAUAAUAAUCUGUCGAACAACCAGAACAACUCGUUGGUACAUCUCAUAGAAGGCGAAACACUGACGGUGGAGUUGGGUAAGACGCUGGAGCCGGACGAGUUCAAGGCCAAGAUUCACUUCCUGCGACUGGCGGACAUUGAUAACGAGACGUCCAAACUGCCUUGCGUAUGCGAGUGGGUCUACAAUGCCAACACCACGGCGGAGCAGGCCAAGAAGGAACUGGUGGCCAAGCUGCAUCGCAUAGACGCCAAGUACGCCACACUGUCUGUGCAAAACUGUCGCAUCUGGCUGAAGGGCGGACGUAUUCCCAUCAAAAUUCUGUCCGACGAUGAAACGCUCUACUGCGACAUGCGCUCCAGCAUCGCAGCGGAGUUCAUUGUGCAAGAGUGCGAGGAGGAAGUGGACCCGCAGCCCAAGGACGAUUCUCUGACUUUAUUUGUAAGACGGUGGUGUCCGGCUAAACUGGAGUUUGGAAAGUUCCAAGAAAUCACUUUGGACCAGGACAGCGAAAUCAGACUUUCAUUAUCACAGAUCAGCGACAUCCCAAUAGACAAACUGAGCUAUAUGAAGUUGAACAGCAACUUCCCCUGCACAAGCAUAUCAGCGUUAAGUGUUAACGAGUCCAGCAGUUGGUACUCCGUGCCCACCACCCUGGACAAAUAUCCGCUUAAUAGCACACAGACAGGAAACAUCUACCUGUACAAAGAUAGGACGGUACCUGCGCGAGAGCUGACGCUGGAGGAGCGACGCCUGAUGAACGCCAGGGAGAAGGCACGACUGGAUCGGGUGGGCUGCGUGUCCACCACGCGGUAUGCGCAGCGCCGGGAACGUGCCUUGAAGAUUUACCUGGACUCUCCGGAGAAGUCGAGCAACGUGACCGCCUCCGCACCGAUGGACGUGCAUGUCAAUAAUUAGUCUGGCGAGUAGAAAACAGUCGCGGCGAUCAUAACAAAAAAAAAAAAAGUACACCAAACCAUGUAUGUAAGCGACGGCAGACCAUUAAAUCCCAGAUCCUCUUUUGAUCACCGGCCACAUAUCUUUGUCGUCUGCAAGUGCUGCUCGUGUUUUCUAUACUUCAUCCGCAGCAAUUGCGUUUUUUGUUGUUCUUUAUUUUGUUUGACGCAAGGGAAGAGGUCAGCGAGUUGGGCAAAGUCGCCGUAUACGGCAUCGAAUUGGUCUGGUCUUGUUGGGAUUGGAUCUGGGAUGGACAACUGGGGUGGCCAAGUGAGCACAGCACUAAGUGACGUUUAACAUAACGAAGUUAUUCUUGCAACUUUCGUAAUACAAGAGUUCAAAGAUGAGACUGUAAAAUUUAAAAUAACAAAAGGCAAGAAAUCUAAAUUACAAAUUGUAUAAUGUGAAUGUGAACAUCAAAACUAAAUUAAACGUAUAAAAUAAACACAACUCGCAAGUGCAU